AUGGGAGGGGUGGGCAUUCUGCUGCUGCUGCUGCUGCUGGCUGGGGCGGGAGUUGGGGGGGCCUGGAGACCCCCAAAGGGAAAGUGUCCUCCACGCUGCUCCUGCUCCAAAGACAGUGCCCUGUGUGAGGGCUCCCCGGAUCUGCCCGAGAGCUUCUCCCCGACCCUGCUGUCACUCUCACUCGUCAGGACUGGAGUCACCCAGCUGAAGGCCGGCAGCUUCCUGAGGAUGCCGUCACUGCACCUGCUCCUCUUCACAUCCAACUCCUUCUCUGUGAUCGAGGACGAUGCGUUUGCAGGCCUGUCACACCUGCAGUACCUCUUCAUCGAGGACAAUGAGAUUGGCUCCAUCUCUAAGAACGCUCUCAGAGGACUCCGCUCACUCACACACCUAAGCCUGGCCAAUAACCACCUAGAGGCCCUUCCCAGAUUCCUGUUCAGAGGCCUGGAGACCCUGACUCAUGUGGACCUCCGUGGGAACCCGUUCCAGUGUGACUGCCGUGUCCUAUGGCUGCUGCAGUGGAUGCCCACCAUGAACGCCAGCGUGGGGACUGGGGCCUGUGCAGGCCCUGCCACCCUGGCCCACAUGCUGCUCCGCCACCUCGACCCCAAGAUGUUCAAGUGCAGAGCCAUAGAGCUGUCCCGGUUCCAGACAAUCGGGGAGUCAGCGUUGGGCGUGGAACCCUUCUCCUACCAGGGGGAACCCCACAUCGUCUUGGCACAGCCCUUCGCCGGCCGCUGCCUGAUCCUCUCCUGGGACUACAGCCUGCAGCGCUUCCGGCCCGAGGAAGAGCUGUCCGCGCCCUCGGUGGUGUCCUGCAAGCCGCUGGUGCUGGGCCUGCGCCUCUUUGUGCUGGCCGCCCGCCUGUGGGGUGGCUCACAGCUGUGGGCACGGCCCAGCCCCGACCUGCGCCUGGCCCCGAUGCAAGUCCUGGCUCCGCGACGGCUGCUGCGGCCCAAUGAUGCUGAACUCCUGUGGUUGGACGGGCAGCCCUGCUUCGUGGUGGCUGACGCCUCCAAGGCAGGCAGCACCACGCUGCUGUGCCGGGACGGACCUGGCUUUUACCCACGCCAGAGCCUGCAUGCCUGGCACCGGGACACAGACGCUGAGGCCCUCGAGCUGGAUGGCCGACCCCACCUGCUGCUGGCCUCGGCCUCACAGCGGCCUGUGCUCUUUCACUGGUUUGGUGGCCGCUUCGAGAGGCGUACGGACAUCCCUGAGGCUGAGGAUGUCUAUGCCACACGCCACUUCCAGGCUGGUGGGGAUGUGUUCCUGUGCCUGACACGCUACAUCGGGGACUCCAUGGUCAUGCGCUGGGACGGCUCCAUGUUUCGUCUGCUGCAGCAACUUCCCUCACGGGGCGCCCACGUCUUCCAGCCGCUGCUUAUCGCCAAGGACCAGCUGGCUAUCCUAGGCAGUGACUUCGCCUUCAGCCAGGUCUUCCACCUGGAGCCUGACAAGGGGCUUCUGGAGCCGCUUCAGGAGCUGGGGCCCCCGGCCUUGGUGGCCCCCCGUGCCUUUGCCCACAUCACCAUGGCUGGCAGACGCUUCCUCUUCGCUGCUUGUUUCAAGGGCCCCACACAGAUCUACCAGCAUCACGAGUUAGACCUCAGUGCCUGA